AAACAAGUUGAAACUUCUCCCUCCAAAUUAUAUAUUCUCUCUCUCAUCCUCACACAUCUAACGACACCCCAAACUCAAAAACACGAUCCUCUAACAAAUUCCUCACCCCUUCUCACUCUCCCUCUACCCUCUCAAGUCUAUUUAAGCGUGUUAUUUUUCUGGCUUUGUUUGCGUAAGCUUUCCACUCUGGGGUUCACAAACUACGAUGCUACAGGUGGAUUUGGAAACACUGGUUUCAGCGUGUGCCGGCGGAUCCAACGAUCGGAAAAUCGCGUGUGAGACACUCGCCGAGGAUCACACAACGGAUCAGCCGGAGCCCCACCCGGAUUCGCCGCCGGAGUCUUUCUGGCUCUCGAGGGACGAAGAGUACGACUGGUGGGACCGCAACGCCGUUUACGAGCGCAAAGAAUCCACCAAGGGAAACUCAAACUCCAAUUCAACCAACUUGAACCCUUCCUCAAACUCCAACUCCAACUCCCAACGCUUCUCUUUGAAUCUCAAAUCCAAAGCAGCCAUCAUUGGCUUACCUAAGCCUCAGAAAACCUCCUUCGUCGACGCCAAAAACCGCCGCAGCCACAAGCCCGGGAACAUUCGGUUGUUCCCCAAACGGAACGUUUCUGUCGGAAAAUCGGAGUCCUCUCUCUUUGAACCGUCUUCGCCGAAGGUGUCUUGCAUGGGAAGGGUCAGAUCCAAGCGCGAUCGAAACCGCAGGUUGAGAAGUUCGAGAAAGUCCCCCUCCGACAUGGACACCGUCACCGCCAAAGAGAAAUCGGAAAGAACCGGAAGAAAACACGGUUUCUUCGAGAGUUUUCGUGCUAUUUUCCGCUCCGGUCGAAGGGAAAAACCGGACCGAAAAACCGGUCAUCGAGCAGCGGAAUCCGUUGCAUCGAAGAGCGUUUACUCCAAAACGCGGGAUAGCACGUCGAGCGUGAACGACGUGUCGUUCGAGGAAUCGAUCUCGCGAAACAGCAUGUCGGAGAGUGAACCGCCCGGUUUGGGUGGCAUGAUGCGGUUCGCGUCUGGGAGAAGGUCUGAAUCGUGGGCAGUAGGUGAUUCAGAAAGCCACGUGGCGCAAUAGGAUUGGAGGAGGUAUCCGUUCGGCGAGGGCAACCGCGAAGUGGGGCCCUUCGUCCUUGGAUGUAAGCAAGCAAUAUAAAAAAUCUCGAGACUCGCGAGUCUCUUGUGUGGGACCCAAGCGUUUGAAGAGUGGUUCCAGUGGUGACGUGGCGCGUUGAACAAACUUACUACUGCAGGAACGUAAAUCCUUUUUAUUCUUGUUUUAUUUGUGUCGUGAAUGAAUGAAUUUGCUGGUUGGUGUUUUCCUCACUCUUUUCUAUUAUAGCGACAAGGUUUUGUAAAUAUACACGAGUCAUGAGUGUUUUGUUUUGUUUUUCAAGUGAGCAGGUGUAAAUUUUCUCUUAUUAGUUUCAAUAAUUGUGUGAAUUGCCCUCGCUGCACGCGUUGCCGGUUCCUCUCCUUUUAAAUUAAGCAUGGAUCCAUAUGGCUUUACUGUUCCUGAAUUCUAUCUGUUUAACGGUUAUUAGAGCUGGGCUGAAGCCAAUACACAACUGUGAUCAAUCAAAUGACCAUA